AUGUCCAAUUCCGACGCCGCCGCCGCCAUGAUCGACCCUCUAUUCCACCCUCACCUCCACAGACACCACCACCAGCACUCUCAGCCGCCGCCCUCCCCUGCCUCCUCUGCUCCCCCUCCUUCCACCACAACUUCCUCCACGGCCAUCGUUCCUGGUUCCGCCGGCGGCGGAACCAACGGCGCGCUCGCGGUGAAGAAGCCGCCGUCGAAGGACAGGCACAGCAAGGUCGACGGGAGGGGGAGGAGGAUCCGGAUGCCAAUCAUCUGCGCCGCCAGGGUUUUCCAGCUGACCCGCGAGCUGGGCCACAAGUCCGACGGCCAGACCAUCGAGUGGCUGCUCCGCCAGGCGGAGCCGUCCAUCAUUGCCGCGACGGGCACCGGGACGACUCCGGCGAGCUUCUCCACCGUCUCCGCCUCCGUUCGCUCCGCCGCUGGCCCCACCCUGGCUGCUCUGUCGUCGUUGUCGAAUUCCUCGCCCAUGGACCACAAGCCCCUUCUCAGCGCCGCCCCUUUCAUACUCGGCAAGCGGGUCCGGGCCGACGACGACCACAACGGCAACAACGGAAACGGUGCCAAUGGAGGAGGGCAACAUCAUAAGGACGACGGCGGUGGGAUUCCCGUCUGCCAUUCCCUCGUCGCGCCUACUGCCGCCGCCGGGCCGGGAGGGUUUUGGGCCGUUCAGGCCAGGCCCGAUUUCUGGGGUUACGCCGCGGCGCCACACGAGAUGGUAGCUCAACACUCGAGUCUCUUUGUUCACCAGCAGCAAGCAGCUGCGGCUGCGGCGGCCGCUGCCAUGGGGGAAGCCUCAGCAGCUAGGGUUGGGAAUUACUUGCCAGGUCACCACCUCAAUUUGUUGGCUUCCUUGUCGGGUGGGCCGGGCAAUUCCAGCCGGAGAGAGGAGGAUCCCCGCUAA